AUGUGAAAAGAGAAUAAUUGCGACAAUGUCGACAGGUGGUUAUUUAUCCAGAAGGAGGUCUGGAAUUUUUGCUUCGUUUAUGUCCCAAUCAGGUGCAGAAACUGCAGAUUUACAAAAAAUAGAGGUUUCCAAGGAUGAAAAAGGUUACGGUUUCCAAGUGUCUGGGGAAUAUCCUGCUCAUGUCGUAAAAGUAAGACAAGGGUCGAUUGCUCAGAAAAAUGGCUUGGAAGCAAACGACAUAGUUGUUACUAUAGACAAUGAAAACGUUACAAAUAUGUCUCAUGAUCAUAUAGUGAAUCGGAUUCGGCAGCGGGAAUCGUUUAGUUUGCUAGUUCAGAAGAGAAGCAAUACAUCGCAUAAACAGAAAACACUUUCUCAUCCUAUUGCGUUUUCACAAAACGAUGAGAUCGCGCGACUUGGUGGAUAUGAUAUAACAUGUAACAUGAUUACAUCCGAGUACAAACGCUUGGUUGAAUUUCGAGAGCAGUCAAACGAUCCAAGUCUACCCGAUACAGAAAAGGCGAAACUGAAAAGCUUGAUUAACACUUCGCAACAAAUCAUUCAAAAUUUACAGAGAAAAAUCCCAGAAAGCUAUUUCAAGCGAAUGAGCCUGGAUGCCAGUCUGCUCAGUGAUUCAGACCAAACAGAUUCGUACAAAAUACCCGAAGACAAAUCAAUUACGCGUCUAUCAGAUGCCGAAGCUGAGCCAGAUGAAACAAGUACUCCGAGAAAACUUGUUCAGAGGCGCUCAAGUGUGAACGAAAGGAUUGCCAGGACUCAUUCAAUUGCCCAAGACGUUAUCGCCAACUUCAGAUCUCUUCGUAAGCAGCAGUACAACCCGAAACUUUCCCAAUAUGGCUCUUUGCAGAGCUUAGCAGGCCCUGAGAUGCUUUCUGAGAGACGGAGGAAUCUUUCGAAGAAAAAUACCAUCAGCGAUUCGAAUUUGAAUCAGCAGCUCGAUGCUGAACACCAGCCAGUAAAGCCCUUAGCCGUCGAAACUAAUCAUUUGGCUGCAUCACCUUUCCCAAGGAACAGGUCAAACUCCAAAAAUCAAAUGGAAAUAGUUACCUCCUGUUUAAGCUUCACAGUGAACCCUCAAUCAGUGACUAUAUUCCUGCGUCAUCUGCUCACGUUUGUUUGUUGCGAAGAACACCCACAGCCAAGCUCUGAAAGCAUGUUAGAAACAGUUAAAGAGCUGUUUUUCAUGACAUUUGUCGAUGGAAUUGAAAACAAAAAAGAAGAAGAAUUCCAUAAGUAUUUCUCGACUAUCAUCCGAGUCUUUUGCCUUGACACUUCUCCGCUUUAUCUGAACUGUUUUAGAGAAGCGUCACUAGCUAUUACAUUGCAAGGAAACAGUCUAGACCUUGUGUUUUCUCCCCUGUGUCAUAACAGCAUCCAAACCCACGCAGAGGAGAUGAUCUCUCUGUUCCCGACAUUAAUUAGAGACAUCUCGAACAGAGUGAAAGCAGACAUCGAAAUGGAAUUGAACAAACUGAUCCCCCUUAUAGAAAUGUCAAAAUGCAGCCUGUUUACGGAAACUGUCAAACAGUAUUUGGGGGAUAGUAUAGUUACCUUUCUGAAGCUCAAUAAAAAGCGCUACAAGGAUAACACGGCCAUUUUAAAGAGACACAAGGCUAGCUACGCGAACCUGUUUGGGAAGAAAGCUCAUAGCAUCAAUUCGAACAAGAGCCUAAAAGAAAGUAAAAGUGGUCAUAUGUUCCAGUCGGUUGCGGGUGCAACGAAUGUACAUCUAAAUGCAGCCAGUGAUUUCAAGUGUGCAAGUUGCUUUAAAACAACAGUUGCUGGCCAGCCACUAAACCGAUGCGUGUCGUGUGGAGUGAUCGUCCAUGCCACCUGUGCCGCUAACUUCCCGGUCGCCUGCUCUUCAAUGACCCCUGUAACACCGAAUGGAACCAAACACAGUCCCUCGAUACACGAGAACGAAGGAUUUCCGGGCGCGUUCUCGCCUCCGAAGGUCGGAUCAGACGAGACAGACUCAAUCACUUCUUCGGCGACAACGUCAUCGGCAGUACGAGGUCAUUCUAGAGAGAACUCCUCUGUAAGUCUUGGCCAAGUCGCAGAGGACCCGACGAUGGCAGAGUCAGCACUGCCGCUUAAUCAGCCUCAUUCGCUACCGCCCAGUGGGACGUCAGCGAACAAUGCGGUAAAGAGAACGGUGAGCAUGAAGAAUGAAAACGAAACUAGACAUCGAAAGCCAAGCAUCUCGCCACGAAAUGCGAGCGAUCCAUGCCAUCAUUUAGUGAAUGAAGUGAAUGUGUCGCAAGGCGCCAAAGUGAAUUCCGGGGAGUCCAAUGAAGAUUUCUCCACGUCCGAUAUGUCGUCGUCGAAUUUGUCACGGACAUCCCUCGAUUCAUAUUUGGAACGAAUUGAUCCAAAAGUCAGGGAGCUCCUGGAUGUUGUGAAUUGGAAUCACUCGUCGUUCUUAGCGACUGACAAUUUCAAAACAAUCGACCAGCUUGCCACUAAGGAAGUCCACAAGUCGUUGAAGAAAGAGGAGCGAAACCAGCAGAACAUUUUACACGAGUUCCUCAACAGUGAGAAGAAACAGACGUACAAUUUGAAGAUGAUAAUUUCAGUGUUUGAAACGGUGCUCAAGCAGAACAACAACGCCGCGUCAGUUGGGUUUCCAGCCAUUGAGAAACUGAUCGAUUUCCAUUUUUCAUUCUAUCUCAAAAUCUUGAGCUGUAUCAACUCAGACAUGUUAAUCAAAAAUGUGGGAGAAGUGUUCAUCGAAGUGUUCGACAGUCCAGAAUACUGCGAUAAGUUUGUGGACUACUACAGCUGGACUAAGCGCCAGUCAUUCAGAUCAGAGAAAAUAAAAGUGUUAGAGAUUGAAAAUAGAGCCAAACUUGAGAAGCGGACGCUGCAGGACCUGGUUGCGUCCGAGGUCCAAAGAGCGACCAAGUACAAGUUACUGAUGGAAGGCGUCCUCAAGUACUCGAACCAGUGCAAAGCCAGCGAAAAAGAGUAUCUGAAUCGUGCCUUGAAAAUUGUGACCAAAUUGAUAUCUGAUGUGAAUGACAAAAAAGGCUUCGAAGAUUUCAAGUUCCUGCUUUCGAAGUUGGACCGAAGUGAAGUCGACAAAGAUCCCGUGUUUAGAAGCGAUGAAUGGAAGGAUUAUGGAAUUAACUCGAAGGAGAUUGAUUUUACCCAGCAGCCACAUCAGGCAUAUACACAGAGUUUUGCUCUGAUUAAAUUCAUGCAUAAGCCAAAACAGCAGAAGAGUGACACAAAGCAGGCACAGCAACAGCCGCCGCAGCAGCUGAAAAUAUUCAGCAACUAUCUAGUUAUUUUGUUUCCCAAUUAUUUAAUUUUAAUUGAAAGGGACCCGCAUUCAGAAAAGCUGACAUGGAAACGGUACCUGGAUGCAGAUAAGACUUUGCUGAGUAUAAUUCCGACACAUACCAUUAUUCACGCGACCACAGAUUCCUCACGACCACUACGUAGUGACCAAACUGACCUGGUGACCCAUCAGGAGUACAACUUCACUUGUGUGUGUCCUUCUAUGCAACUGAUAGUGUUCCUAUCAACGUCAGAUGAGACGAAAAAGUGGAAGGCUUUAUGGGGCGAGUGUCUGAAAAAUAAUUUUAAAAGGCAAACGUCCAAACACCCUCCAGCGUCGAUUAAGAUGAAUAAAAGUCGCAGUUCGGAUCCAGAGAUAACAGACCCCUCCACGUUCAAUUUCGAAUCCCCGGUUACCUACUCUAUUGAUGAUCCAACGACAGCCGAAGAGUACGUUGACAAAGAAAAUGAUCAACGAUCAAUAGACGAAAAAAUGAAGCGAAUUUCAGAGCUGAGAGAUCAAACAAUUGAUUUGUUGAAGCAGUCUUUUGAUCUGGCCCGAGAGAUCUACGACCCGGAAAACACACUGCAACGUGAAAACCUGAGCGAAUGCCACGACCUUAUUUUUACAGAACAAAUGCUAAGUCUGGUGGAUAAAGAUCUCUGGCUUCGAAGUUUCGACACGCCGAUUUCCAGUCUGAACGGACACCUUGACGCUCCAGAUGCGGUUUCUAUGAACAGAGUGGAGUUCUUUAUUAGCGGAAAAGAGGGUGAUUCGAAGACUUUAACCGCUGAAACUGCCGAAGAAGACGGCGUUGCUGUUUCGGAAGUGAAAGGCCAACUGAAGAUUUUCUCAGAUCAGAGCGAAGAAGCAAACGAAGUUCAUUUGCAGCAACCAGGAACGGAGGAUUUGAGACUGCAUACGGAAAGACUGGAUCAAAAAUUGAGAGUCCUGGACAGUCAGUUGAGCUCGGCGGAAAGUCAAGGCGACGCGGAACCAUCGUCGGCAAAUGGAUCACAGGAUUUUUUCGGAAUCUGUGAAAACGACGACGAUGAUUCGAAAGUUGCAGCCAAUGAAGAAGUGAGAAGUUCGAACGUUGUUGGCGAUUCGAGCAGAUCGGAUCAAUAUUCAGUGGAACUGACAGAAUCUGCUAAUUUAGUCAGCGAGUCAAAUACAGACGAUUUCACCGAGAAUUAUGUUGAUGAUGUGACUGAUGUUUCGUCGUUGCCAGACACAAGCGAAGCGAACACCGGGUUUUCAAUGAUAGAGCCGACAACAACCGAAGGAGAGAUGCCAGUAGUCGAUGGAGCCGAAGAGGAUGACUCAUUUCAAGUGACGUCAUUAGGCGAGACAGAGACAAAGGAAACAAUGAUUGAAAGUUCCCAACUUGAUAACGAAAAACAAAAUGAAAUUAAUGACAUGGAGAAAAGUAAUAGCACAGAUGAAAAUACAGCAGCUGAGUCUGAGAAAGACGAGGACUCAAAAAAGGAAGAAGUUUCGGGAUCUCCGGCAGUCGAGGAGUUAUCUUUAACUGAGUCUGGCCACCCUGAAAAGAGCUCGGAGUUCGAUAAUGUUGACAUCGACCAACCUGCAAACGUCUCAGAAAAUGUUGCCGCGGUCGACCUGCAGCAUUCUUAAGUUAGCAAAAUUAAAAAUUCGAAGCUGAUUAAUUUAGCAAGUGGACGCAGGUCAAGAUAUGUUAAGAAGGCACUCUAGAAGAAGAUUUGAGGCUGUUUCUUGAUGGACUCAUCAGACAAUCAAAUCAAGGUCUAGAGACGUUGAAUUUUCAAACACGAUUUCAAUGAUUUUUUUUUUAUUUAUUGCGUUGAUUAGAGUUACAAUUAUCAAAUAUUUGAUUAUAAAUGCGGAAGUUGGAAUAAUUUGAUACAAGUUUAAGCUGAAAGCAGAUAUUAGAUUUUCAUUUUGGAAGUAGUUGCAUGUUUUUUUCUCCUUGUUUUGCAAUGUUGAUCUUCCCAUAAAUUGUUAAUAGUGUUUUUCUGUCCAGGCUGCUGAAUUGAUCGUGACUGCAUAUCUGAUGCUGUUUUUUCAUUAACCAAAAAUAAAUAUCAGUAACCCUAUUUUUGGAAUUCAUUUCAAAGUCAUCUAGUGAGAAAUCCCAUAGUCGGUAUUGGUACGAUUCUAGAUUCUAAUUUGUAUGCUAUCUCAUAUAUUUCCAAUAAAACUUCAAAAUAUUGUUACUUCAAUCAGAAAUAUUCGAGCAAGUGGCGCUUGAGAGAAAUAACAGUAUUUGACAACUAAUUCGCUUAAAUAUUUAACUUUCUAUGAUGUAAAUUGACUAUCUGUCUAAUUACGAAGUCGCUCUAAGUUAAACGAUCUCUUUGCCACCAACUAAACUAUCUAUUCUUGCGGUUUCUUGCUUCAAUUUAAUUUAUAAACUUAUAAAUAGAAGAUACUACUGAUUACUCUCCAUAACAACACAGCACCCGAAGAGUGGUUUAUUAGAUUAGUGAGAUGAUUUUUGUUGAAUAAUAACUAUUGAACAAUGGUUUAAUUGGUUUGCUCAAUUUACAUCUUGGAUUGA